AUGUGGUGCGAUAAGGUGCAUGUCUUCAGGUUGAUACGGCAAGUGCUGAAAGCCAUGGAUUCACAGCAUCGUUGGUGUCAAUGGGGGCUGCUGCGCAGGAUGCCAAACAAGCGCAAGUCUGUGAUUGGCUACAUGAUGAUUGCAGGUCUCGGAGUUUGGCUUUUCUCAGGUAUGAUUAGGUCCUGUGCAGCGACGCUGAAUCUGCGGGUGGCACAUGAGGCCAAGCAGGCAAGUGACAACCUGGAGGCAGAAAUGUCGCCAGCUGCCCGUUGUGCUCUCCACUGCGCUGCCUCUGUGAUAAGCGGUGCAGAUGCUGCUGCAAAUCGAACAGCUGGGGCUGCUCAAAUGCUGUGCCACAGGAUGAUGAAAGCCUCCAGCGCGGCGAAGGCAUCAUCUGUGGCUGCUGCGCAAGACGUGUGGCAGGAUGUGCAGCUGGCAUCUCGCUGGGUGAACUCGACGGGUGUGGCUCAGACCAGCAAGCGCCACAUUCAGGGGAUCCAUGACAGCUUCCACAGUGCCUGCCGCUUUCUAUCGCAGUCUGCAGAGGUUGCCCGAUGCAAGGCUAUAUCGUGCUACGCCAGUGCCGCACAUUCACUUGCAGGCACUGCCGAGAUGAUUGCAGAGUCUGCAGACAAGGUGCUCGAGUUCAAGGAGAUCAGCUUCGCUUAUGAAGUGCUGAGCAAUCCAGAAAGGCGGAGGGACUACGAUGAGAAAGGAGACCGUUUGUUCUACACCGGUCCACCAUCUUCUCCAGAAGAACUUGCAGAAAUGCUUCUUAGAGGUCCUGGAGGCAAGCCUGCGAGGAGGAAGAGUAAGGACAGAUUCUUGGCGCUGCCGGUUUCACUAGAGCAGCUCUACAGCGGGCACACUCACUCCAUGGUGGUGACGCGGAGGGUGAUUGACGCGUCAGUACCCGGCCGUUUGACGGCUGUCCAGAUACAGGAGGAACUCACAAUUUUUAUCGAGCGGGGUUCCGGACACGGUGAGUCGAUCCGCUUUGCCAGCAAGGGCGACGAGCAACCGGAAUGCGAAGUGGGGGACUUGAUCGUGGUCCUCCACGAGCUGGAGCAUCGACGUUUCACGCGUCGAGGAGCCGAUCUCUUCAUGAAAUUGGACAUCAGCCUCGCGGAGGCUCUUGGCGGUUUUAGGCGCACUCUCCAACAUCUGGACGGGCGGCGGAUGCUUGUAAAGGGCGACCCAGUCCUGGAGGUGGAUGGCCCAUAUACCAAGGCAGUGAAGGGCCAGGGCAUGCCGCUAAAGGGCAGGCCGUUCAUUUGCGGCAAUCUUUUUUUGGAGAUUCACAUCCACUUUCCCGAGAAGUUAGAUGCUUCAGUGAUGCUUCAGCUCGACGAAGUGCUUCCGUGCGGCGUGAAUUCGACAGAGACUCGUGAUGUCGAUGCCGUGUGUACCUUUGCGGAUGCCGACCCUUUUGUGCAGUGUUUACAAGCAGUCUAA